UUCAAGCAAAAGACACAACAAUUAUUCAGUCAACGAUGUCAUAGAACAGAAUUAUUAUGAUUCAAGCUUGUUGUUACUACUUGUUUCUGUUGUUUACGUGUGUCUUAUCGUACCCAUCAAUUCAUAUGAACCAUGACAAAUUUGAACUUACCAAUGAAUUUUUGAGUGAACACUUUGGUUCAGAAUUCGAAGAUGCCAUUCAUUUUGAUCUUCAUCAAUCGGAUAUCAUUAAUCCAGGAAAUACGCUGAGUAAACAUUUAUCUGAGAGGAGGAAUAAUGGAAAUUUCAAAAGAUCGACGUAUGUCAUGCAUAUUCCACAACUUGCAAGGCAUCAAAAUUACACACAAGACAAUUUGAUAAAAGUGAAACUUCUACAUCCGGAUGAACUCGAAGCUUUGGAAAGAGGAAUGAAGCAAAGGGAAAUGCAUAAAAGCGCAAGAUUACCAAUGGUUUCAAAUGGACCAGCUAUGGCUUACCAUUACAGUGACCGGAACAGUUUGCAUCCACACUUUCCGCGAAAAACUCAUCACGAUAUUAUAAAUCAAAAUCAACAACAUAUAAGUAAACCAUAUGAAUCUGAACUAGGAUAUCAACAGCUCCCAAUUCGUCCAAUGCUACCUUCAUAUGAGAAGACAAUGAUUGAAUCCUUACAGCCUUCACAAGAAACCAAAAUGAUUUCACAACAUUCAGAAGAAAAAACGUUUGAUUCAUUGCGACCAGGUUCUUUUGAUAAGGCUUCUAAAGCCCAGUCACUUCCGGUUUCUGAACAGCAAUCAUUUGAGAAGAUUGCUCAACAUUUGAAUGAAAAAUUAACUGAGACUGUGGCUAAUAACACACAAAAUCAUGUAACUGAUAAGACGCGACCCACAAAUGAAAUUCCAAGACCGUUUUAUGAUGUUACAAGGCCUCAGCACAUAAACAAUCAACCAACUUUUGAGAUAGUUCAAACAACAUUUGCAAAAAAGAGUAAUCUUCCGUUUCAAGAAAGAAAAUUCUUUAACGAACCAAAGCCAAUGGAUGAAAUAGAAAAACAGACUCGGUAUGGAAAAAUUGAAGAUUCAUUCUUACGUAAAAUGAUGCCUCAAGAGAAAAUAGCAACAUUUGAUUUCAAUCAGCAACCCUUGAAUUUCAGGAGUCCAAAGUGGUUUUUGGAAUUUAAACAGAAAUUAUCACCUGACGAUGCACGUGAGAGAGAACAUGAAAAUCAAGGUUUAACACAAUCUGGGAACUAAAAGAGCAAUUAGUGUUAUAAUUACUGUUUAAAUAAAGUGAAAUUAAUUUAUAAA